UUGGAUGUUACUAAAAAAUACAUAAUCAUAUAUCCACUCGUUCAGCUAUGCUCCAUUAUUUCUUCAUUCCUUCCUCCACGCCCAAAUUACUUUUCCUUGCCGGACACGUAUACCCGAUUCGAUUGAAGGGGCUGCUAAAGUGAAUAGUAAAGGAAAAGAACACGGGAGGCACGUAGCUUUGGGCGAAGAAGAAUUUAUCAGAAUCGGUGAUGGAAAAUUGCAGCUUAUUGGUUCAGAUGUGCAUCGAAGCGGCCAGUGAGAACCGUGAUGUCAUCGAGGUAUGGAGGAGACAGCGGCGCACUCUGGAGCGCUUGCCUUCUCACCUUGCCAACCUUCUCCUCCACCGCCUGCUCCGCCGCCGUCUCCUCUUCCCUUCUUUACUCGAAGUUUUUAAGUAUUGUGUGGAUGAAGUAAACUUAAAAGGAGAGAGCAUGGUGGAUGCAGAAUGGAUGGCAUAUUUAGGUGGCUUCCACUACUUGCAGACAUUGAAUCUGUCCAAUUGCCGUAAAAUAAGCAGUUCCUCUAUAUGGCCUUUAACAGGCAUUUCAAACUUGAAGGAACUGGACCUCUCUAAUUGCUUAAAGAUUACAGAUGUCGGAAUUAAGCAUCUUAUAUACAUUCCAAUGUUGGAGAAGUUGUGGAUUGCAGAAACAGGUAUAACUGCAGAGGGGGUUAUACUUCUCAGUUCACUAACAAAUUUAUCUGUUUUGGAUUUGGGCGGACUACCUGUAACUGAUGCAGCUCUGAGCUCUCUACAGGCUCUUACUAAGCUGCAACAUUUAGUCCUUUGGGGAAGCUUAGUAUCAGACAAAGGAGCUUCUAUUCUUAAAAGGUUCCAGGGGUUGAGUUUGGUGGAUUUAUCCUGGACGAAAGUUACAAGGUUGCCUUUUCUGCCCUCCCUUGCUUCCCUGAACAUGAGUAAUUGUGUUGUAGAUUCUUUAUUUCAAGAAGGCAAUAAAGUGACACUAGAAAGGCUUAUUCUAUCUGGAGCUACAAUAUCUGAUGUCUCUGAGGUCUUUCAAAAUGUUGAAGCCUCUAGCUUAUCUCUUCUGGAUUUGUCAAACUCGUUCAUUCAUUCCUUCGGGUUUUUGACGUGUAUGAAUGCCAUAACAGAAUUAGAUCUCAGUGGUUGUUGCAUCGGAGAUGAUUCAGCUGAAUACAUCACAUGCGUUGGAUCAAGUUUACGCCAUUUAAAUCUCAGCAAGACAAAAGUAAGCUCAGCUGGUGUGGCUGCCUUAGCUGGACAUGUUCCUCAUCUCGAAACUUUACAGCUGUCUUUCACUGCCAUUGAUGACAAUGCCAUCUCAUAUAUCAGCACAAUGCAUUUACUGAAGUCUAUCAGUCUAUGUGGUACAAAUGUCAAAGGUCUGAUUGACCAUGUGCAAUCUGAUGAAGGAUGGAACUUAUCACUGUCAGCAUUACACAGUCUAAAUCACUUGGAAAGGUUGAAUUUAGAGGAGACUCGAAUCAAGGAUGAGGCACUAGCUCCUCUGUCAAGCAUCUGUAAACUGAGCCACUUAUCUCUGCGAAGGGGACCCUUAACGGAUGCCUGCCUGUACCAUUUAUCAAAGAUUGAAAAUUUGACAAACCUUGGGGUUUGUGAUGUAGUUCUGACCAAUGCGGGGCUCUAUUCCUUCAGCCCCCCGUCAGGCCUAGAGGUACUUGAUCUCAGUGGGUGUUGGCUCAUAACAGAGGAUGCUAUCUUGUCGUUUUGUCAAGAGCAUCCUUCCAUUGAAAUAAGGCAUGAGCAUGCCCGCCGCAUUCUUCCCUCAGAAUACAAGCUCAAGAAGGAUAAACGACGACCCUGGCCAGUGCUUAAGUUAAAAAACGAGAGUUUCAUUGAUCAGAGGCUGAAAUACAGCAGGGAAGAAUUACUAGCCAUGAGAUUUGUGUCUUCAGCAUCUUUGUCAUCUAAUGCUAUGGCUGACAUCAGUCCUGUCCCGGUUGAUAGCACCUAGGGGCAUUCAUUCCAAUCAUUCGGCUUAACCUAACUGAUAUUUCACAAAAAUUCCCUUAUUUUUUGUCGGAAUACCAAAGCAAUAUAGAUCAUCAGUUUGGUUCAGCUAUUACAGAAGCAAUUCAGUUUGGUUUUUGUUAAAAUUGAGAACAAACAAAAAAACCAGCUUUCAAUGUUUGCUAUCAUUCCAGUCAAAAUCCAAAAAACUAAAGUUGUAGUAUUUGCAGUCUAAUCAAGUUUUGUAGUCUUUGUUGUUCCAAAAAAGGUGGAAUCUCCCAUCCCAGGAGCCCCCACACCUCGACCCGACAGAAUGGUGGUGUAAGUCGGGGUGACUCACUCGGCCCAAUCGUGGUAGGCCUUAUACCUGUGUGCACCAAAGGUCUAGUCCAGCUUGCAGGAGCUGUAACCGUCAAACGGCCGUCGUGGAUUUUGAUCUUUGGUCAUUGUUCCAAAUUUCUCAUCAUUGGACCAACUGAGCUACCCUUUACGGGUUCAAGUUAUGUCGUCUUAUUUUGGCUUUAUGGGGUCCUAAAAAAUGACACAUAAAAGCCAACUCGGCUCAUUUGAAUAAUAAUGAUAAAUCAAACAAUU